AUGAAUGUGGGUCCAAAUACUUAUCCAAGAAGGAACCAGGAAAGAAAUUAUGUUAACUUUACCCCAAUUCCUACAACUUAUACGGAAUUGUUGCCUCAUCUUAUCAAACAAGGUCUGGUUGUCAUUUGUCCCCUGAAGCCUAUGCAGCCUCCGUACCCAAGAGGUUAUGAUGCAGAUGCAAAAUGUAGUUAUCGUGGAGGGGCCGUUGGUCAUUCCACUGAGAGAUGUCUGGCUUUCAAGCAUAAAGUGCAGACUCUAAUCGAUUCUGGGUGGCUAAAGUUUCAAGAAGAUAAGCCUAAUAUCGAGGCCAAUCCUUUAUCCGGGCAUGGAAGUGCUUCGACGAAUGCUGCAGAAGUGAAAGAACAUGAGUUGGUGAGAAAUGUGAGAGAAGUCAAGAGCUCCAGGAGGUUUAUUUUGGAGGCGUUGCUGAAAGUGGGUAUCUUGAAAGGCAAUUAUGAUGGGAGUAUGGCAUGCGCGCUCCACCUAGAUACUGAGCACUCUAUUGAGGAGUGUGUUGAGUUUGAAGAAAUUCUGCAAGACCUGCUAGAUCGUGGUCUGAUGCAGGUAUGCUACAAGAGUGAGGAGGAAGAAGUAUUUGCACAAACUGGUGAUGAAUCCGGCAUAACUUUACCAGAACCAUUGGUGAUUCGUUUCACUAGGACUACCCCUAUACCACCAACUCAAGGAAGGACGCCCGUUGUUAUCCAUGUACCAGCCCCUUUUCCUUACAAGAACGAAACAGUCGUCCCAUGGAGAUAUGGGGCACAUGCGUUUUACGAAGCACAUGCCGUCAAAAACAUAUCAGGCAUAGGUGGAAUGAGGAGGAGUGGUCGAAUUUUCACACAACCAGAGUUGGCACGAGAAAGAGCUAAUGAUAAAAAAGCAAUGAUGGCCGCGAAGGCAAAAAUAAUUUUAAAGGGAAAGGGUGCACAGACAGAGGAGAUCCCCGACAAGGAAGAGAAGAAAGAAAUGUCUGAAGAAGAGGCUUGUGAAUUUUUAAAAUUCAUACAACAAAGUGAAUAUAAGGUGGUGGAAGAGUUAAACCGUAUGCCUGCUCGUAUAUCCUUGUUAGACUUGCUCAUGCAUUCUGCAUCACACAGAAAGUUGUUAAUGAAGAUACUCAGUGAGGCUCACGUAGAGCAAGGUAUUUCGUUGAAUAAAUUCGAGGGUAUUGUUGGCAAUAUUGUUGCUAAUAAUUAUCUCACCUUCACGGAUGAAGAGAUACCUGCUGAGGGAAGAGGGCAUAACAAGGCUCUUCACGUCUCUGUGAAAUGCCUGGAUCAUGUUAUAGCGAGUGUCUUAGUGGACAAUGGCUCCUCUUUGAAUGUAUGCCAAAAGCAACCUUGGAAAAGCUACCUUGUGAAGGAAUGCAUAUUAAGCCAAGUUCAAUGA